UUCUGUGGCGACUCGACACAACAUGGCGGCGGCCACUGGAUCGCGUCCUCAGCCCGUCGCCACCACUCUGCCGCCUUUGGAAGCUCAGUAUGUUGCGGCUGUCUUUGAACACUGUCUAGAUCAGUUGGAAGUUUUGGGAAACAUCGUUCCGUCUUUUCUCGACAUGCACAUACAAGAUCGACGGGAUUCGGCGAGUGAACUGACGCAGAUCAUUGAUGGUCAGAGGCGCAUGGAUAUGACAUAUCAAGAAUUAACUGUUGGAAGCGAAAAUGGAAGUCAAGUUGACAUCAAUGCGGAACUAUUUGAGUUAAACAGAGCACUCAAGAGCAGCACAAAAGUGUUGGCAAGGGCAAUGAAACAGGAAAAAGACACAACAGAAAUUGACAAUAUGCUAAAGAUGCAACAAGACAGGGCUUUUCUUCACAAUAUUUUGAGUUCUACUCUUGAUGAGAUGUUAGGCAGUCAAUCGUUUACGUCUUUAAUAGAAGCCGUAGAGCGGGAGAAAGACGAGAAAGAGAAACGCCACACAUUGAUACAACGUGUGCGUGAGUCUCAACAACAGGUCAAAGAGCUACAAGAGAAAAUCGUCGAAGUACGAAAGCAAAAAGAGGAAGAAAUUCAAAAAUGUAAUGAGCGUAUUGCUCAUCUGAAAGACCAGCUGCAGGAGAUGAAGGCAAGAAAGACAAUGGAAAUUCGGUUUGACGAGAAAAAUGCGGAAUUGGCAGUGUUGAGCACUCAAAAGAGAUGCCGUGUAUCCGAAAAACAACUGGAAGAUGACAUUGAGAGAUUGAAAAGAGAAAUAGAAGAGGAAGAAAACGCAAAUGCCGAAAUCGAGGUUUUCUUGAGGCAACACCACGAGGAUUUGUCCAGCCAAGUUGAGUACUGGAUGAAUAAACACGAGAAGGACGUUCAAAUGAAACAAGACCAGCUCGACUCUUUGAAGGCAGCAAAGGACAGCGAUCUGGCUCGUCUCAAAGAACUAACGGAGAAGUACACUGAAUACGAGGAGGUGGUGGUAGACGAACGUAUGCUAUGCGAGAAAGCCAAGCGUCGAGCCGAACAAGAACAACUAGAGGCCAAUGCAGCUAUAAAGCUACAGGCAUGGUGGCGAGGAAUACUCGUGCGUCAUCAAUUGGGACCAUACAGCAAGAAGAAGAAAGGCAAGAAGAGUGGAAAGAAGAGUGGAAAGAAAGGGAAAAAAGGAGGCAAAAAGAAGAAGAAGUAACUGAAAGAUGAGGUACGACUCUCAAAGCCAUGGAUAAUCAGUUUAGAGCUAAAAUUCUCAAAGUGUAACAUAAAUGGAGUUCAAGACUUCUAACUAUGUAAUAAAGAGCACUGUUGGAUUUUGUCUCCAGCAUACUAACUAGUAAAUGAA